GUCUCGGGUGUAUCCUGAGCUCUGCCCUGCCUGCCGGCCCCGAUCGCUCAACACCAUGUCUUCCUUCUCUAGCUUCAGCAGCUUCUCCAUCAAGGGAGGGGCUCGUGUCUCAACAGCCCAGAGAGCUUCUGGGGGCUGGGGCUCCUCUGCGGGGUCCUUCCGUGGUGGGGCGGGUGGGCUGGUGGCCGCGCACAGGACCCCAAGUGUGCAUGGAGGGGCGGGGGUCUGGGGCACCCGCAUCUCGACUGCCUCCGCCUCGGCUGCAGGCGGCGGCGGCUUCGGCUCUGCUGGCGCGGGGCUGAGCUUCGGCGCCUUCUCUCUGGAGAGUGCCCUCGGCGACGGCGGCGGAGCCCUCGGCCUCAACAACGGGCAGCAGACCAUGCAGAACCUCAACGACCGGCUGGCCAAGUACCUGGAGAAGGUGUGGUCCCUGGAGGCCGCCAACGCCAAGCUGGAGCAGCAGAUCCGAGAGUGGGGGGUGAGCCGUACCGUCACCUCGCGGGAUCACAGCACCCACGAUGCCACCAUAAAGGACCUCAGCGACAAGAUUUUGGCUGCUCUUAAGGUGAAUUCUGAAUUAGCUAUUCAAAUGGACAACAUCAAGCUUGCAGCUGAUGACUUCAGAGUCAAACAUGCCUGUGUAUUCAUCCAUCUCUCUCUGGCAUGCGGGUAUGAGAAUGAGCUGAAUCUGAGGCAGUCUGUGGAGGCUGACAUUGCUGGCCUGAAGAAGGUGAUGAGUGAUCUGGCCCUGGCCAAAACUGACCUGGAGAUGCAGAUCGAAGGGGUGAAGGAUGAGAUGGCUUUCCUCAAGAAGAACCACGAGGAGGAAUCUCAGUCCUACCGCAGUCAGCUGACCGGUCAGAUCCAGGUUGAGGUGGACGCAGCUCCUGCAGUGGACCUCAACAAGGUCAUUGAGGAGAUCAGGGAGCAGUACGAAGGCUUGGUGGCCAAGAACCGCAGGGAUGCAGAGGCCUGGUUCAACAGCAAGGCAGAGGUGGUUCAGAAGGAGGUGAAGGAGAGCACUGAGUCUCUCCAGACCAGCACGACAGAGCUGAAAGAAGGCAAACAGAGCUUCCAAAACCUGGAGCUGGAACUGCAGUCCCUCUAUGCUACGAAACAGUCGCUGGAAGGCACAGUGGCCGACACGGAGGCCCGCUUUUCCGCUCAGAUGGGGAGCCUGCAGACCCUGGUCACCUCCCUGGAGACUCAGCUGACCCAGCUGAGGGCUGACACUGCGCGCGUCUCCGAGGAAUACCAAGUCCUGCUGGGCAUCAAGACCCGCCUGGAGAAGGAGAUCGAGGAGUACAGGCGCCUGCUGGAUGGGGGGAGUGCAGGUUCCCAAGCCGAGAGCUCCUUAAUAACGGAGAAAUCAGGGGUGGAAACAAAAACUUCGGUCACCAAGAAAGUGGUGACAGUGGUUGAGGAGCUUGUAGAUGGAAAAGUUGUGAGAUCUUCUUCCAAGCUUAAGUAAUGAAUCAGUGAACAGGAGGAAGAGGAGAAUGUCCACUGAGAAAAUGGAUUUGAAUUAAUAAAAGAUCACCAAUGUUGCAAA